AUGCUAUUUAAACGUGCACGUGAGCUUGUCUCGGACGUGUACUAUGGUUUGAUUCAAGGUACUAUACGAGACGCUGCUAAAUGCAAUAAAAUCAUUAAAGCAAUCGAUGACAAUAACAUCGAUGAACUGCGAGCGACGCUUAGUCAAUUGAAUCGCAAAGACGUCGAGGAAUAUCUUCGACGACCGAUCGAUUCCAUGCGACGAACACCCUUACAUUAUGCUGCCUGGGCAGAAAAUACGGACAUAUUAGAUGUUCUACUUGGCUAUAUCAACGAACCUGAUGUCGAAGAUAAGACAGGUGCAACGCCGAUGAUGUUCGUCGUUGGAAGCGGGCAAGAUUGUUUGAAAAAAAUGACUCUGUUGAUCAAUAAACAUGCCGAUGUCAAUCGAAAAGAUAAGUCCGGUUGGACAUUGCUUCAUGCCGCUGUUCAAUCAAGAAAACGAGACAUUCUAGAAUUAUUGGUUAAUAAUGGUGCUAAUCUUCAUAUUGUUGAUGGUGAUUUUCGUUCAUUGUUACACAUAGCGUGUGAUAGUGGCGAUAUAUCGAUUGUAAAGUAUCUUGUUGAGAAAGGUGUAAGUUUACGCGCAAAAGAUAAGAAUGGCUGGACGCCUCUACACAUUGCUUGUGGUCCGGCCGACGAUUAUGAACUUGUUCAUUAUCUAAUUCAAUUUGGUGCUGAUCCAUACGCACGCGACAUGAAUCAUUCCACGCCGUUAGAUCUAGCAACACAAUUCAAAGCCAAAAACGUUGAAAACUACUUGAAAGCUUUAACGAAUCAAGAUGUCGAGACAGAUGUUGACGAUUUAUGUUCGGAAGGCGGACUUACAUAUGAUACAUAUGAAAGCGAUAAUGUCUUCGAAUCUGAGCCAACAUCCAAACGGGUCUCACAGAAAUCGAAUAUGUCCUUUCGAAUGGUUGAUAUGUCUUCGAACAAACAACAAGCUGUUAAACUUUAA